AUGGAUCGGCAGGAGGUUACGCUUCUUGUGCUUAUCGACCUAAGUGCCGCAUUUGAUACUAUCGACCAUGCUAUCUUACUGGAGACACUUGAAAAAGACUUUGGCGUAACUGGAAAUGCCCUCAAAUGGCUAACAUCUUAUUUAUCCGAGAGAAAACAAACAAUUUUAAUUAAAGACCAUGAAUCGGAAGUUUUCAAUCUUCAAUCGGGAGUUCCGCAGGGUAGCUGCCUUGGCCCUGUCCUCUUCAUACUCUAUGUGGCUGGGUUAUUUAAGGUUAUUGACAAACAUCUUCCCAAUGCACAUACGUAUGCAGAUGACACCCAGAUUUAUCAUUCGUUUCGGCCGCCGGAUACAUCUUUAUCGCAAGAUGCUGCACUAAAGAGUAUUGAAAACUGUGUUGCUGACAUUCGUGCCUGGAUGCUUUCUAACCGUCUCUUGAUAAAUGAUUCCAAGACUGAAUUUAUUAUCAUCGGUUCAAAGCAGCAAAUGUCAAAGAUUAACAUCAAUGAUAUUACAGUUGGUGAAUCUACGAUCGAGCCUGUGGAGGUGGUUCAAAGCCUCGGAAUGUGGUUUGACUCACAUAUGUCGAUGGAUAUUCACAUUGGAAAAGUGUGUAGUAAGGCGUUUCGCAGCCUCUAUAAUAUCCGGCAGAUAAGGAAAUUCCUUUCAGAAGAUACAACAAAGAUUUUGGUUCAUGCUUUUGUUACUUCACACCUGGACUACUGUAACUCAUUGUUUUAUGGUCUCCCACAGUCUCAAUAUGAUAGGUUACAAAGAGUUCUCAAUGCUGCAGCACGUGUGACCUGUCUAAUCCCCAAAUUCGAUCAUAUUACUCCCGUUUUGAUUGGCCUUCAUUGGCUUCCUGUACGGUAUCGGGUAAUUUUCAAGAUUUUGUUGCUGGUGUACAAGGCUCUUCAUGCUAAUGCACCGCCUUAUAUCUCAGACCUUCUGACACCUAAGCAUAUUGGUUGCUACAGCCUGCGCUCGAAUGAGCAAAAUUUGCUAAUAGUUCCUAAGACAAUGAGGAAAACGUUUGGCGACAGAGCUUUUGCCAAGGCUGGUCCAUUUUUGUGGAAUGAACUUCCCGCUGACAUUCGUGAAGCGUCAACAGUGGAAACUUUUAAAUGCAGACUUAAGACCUUUCUUUUUAAAAAGGCAUUUUAUCUUUAAAUAUAAUAGUUAAUUUGAACUUCCCGCUGAAAUUCGUGAGGCGUCAACAGUGGAAACUUUUAAAAGCAGACUUAAGACCUUUCUUUUUAAAAAGGCAUUUUAUCUUUAAAUAUAAUAGUAAAUUUGAAUUUCCCGCUGACAUUCGUGAGGCGUCAACAGUGGAAACUUUUAAAAACAGACUUAAGACCUUUCUUUUUUAAAAAGGCAUUUUAUCUUUAAAUAUAAUAGUAAAUUUUAAACAUGUAUUUAUAGGUAUCAUCUCAUACUUUAUAACAUUUUAUUUGAAUUUGUAAUGAUAGCGCUUUAGAAUAUUUAUAGUUAUAGCGCUUUAUAAAUUAAUAAAUUAUUAUAAUUAUUAUUAUUACAAAAUUUGAAUAUAUUAUGAAACAUUUCAAAAUAUGAACAUUACGAAAAUUUAAAUAUGCGUCGAACCUAAUACCCUCUGCACAAAACGAAAUUUAAGAAUUCCAAUCAGUGUUUGAAUUUUUCAUCUUUACAUCUACCAAAAAUAGACCCAGCAGCACAUAGUCAAUUUGUUACAUGUUAAUUGCCAUGGAAACUUACAAGGUGUUACAAAAAUUAACGAAAACUUGAAACAAAAACAUUUCAAUAUAUGUACAACCCAUAGAUUCAAAUGCAUGAACAACCUAACAUACGAUGCACAAAGUCGGUGUAGAAAUACAAUAUUUGACGAUUCCAAAGACCUGAUAUUUCGAAAUAUGCAUCGAGCUGCCUGAAGAGCGUUUCAGGUGUAGUCAACUAUUUAACAAAUAGUAGAAACACAGUAGUAUGAAGUGAUGAGUGAAAAACUCACGAGUCGCCGAGGCGAGUUUAUAAAAUAAGAAAAAUCCUGAAUUAAACAGGUAAAUAGCUUACUUUUUAUCCACCCAAACAUUUGGUAAUUUGAAAAAGUCAAAAUUAUACAAAUAUCACGCGUACAUGAUCUAUAUAAAUAAGGGAAUGCUAUUGGAUAAGGUUUUGUGUGACGUAAUUCCGUAUACGUCUGUCCUCUAAUAUAUAGAUCAUGGCUCUCGACCAAUGAAACCGCUUGAAUUCUUAACGUUAUUGUAUAAUAAGAUACUCUAGUUCCACUUUUAAAGCCGUUAUGUUUUCGCUGUAUAGAUAACUCUACUGAAAUCUGAUGUAAACAAGUGAAAAAGGUUUUUGAAGUAUAGUCUCUUCAGCUGGGGUGUUCCUGUUAUCAUAACCAUUGUCUACAUUGUACUUGUGAAGAAAGAUGUUUUAAAGUUGUAUCAUCAUAUCAUAUACGGUUGUGUCAUUGGUAAUAUUCCUCUUUGGUUAGCUAUUACGAAAGAAUAUGGUCUUCCGGGUUGUCUUUUGUUGUACAAUAUUGUAAUGUUCAUCUACACUGCUUAUCGACUUCGCCAAAAACUCAAGGCAAGCAGUAGCAUCGCACAGAAAUCGACUAUGGUCAAGACUCGGAAAAGUUUUGUGCUAUUACUUAAGUUAUCAACAACUGUCGCCAUCACAUGCUUCCUGUUAUAUUUGAAAGAUGCAUAUAUUUUAACGUUCAUUAUUACAUAUACAUGGCGCUUUGUACUGUAGCGUUUCUUAGUGGUGUCUAUAUAGGUAUUGCAUUUGUCUUUACAAGAAGAAAUUACCAGCUGCUAAAGAAAUAUUUUUCAGCCAGAAAGAUGCCAAUUAAUAAAAUUAUGCCAGUAAAUCAGUGAGUAAAGUAAAGUAAGUACAAUCAUUUUCAAAAGAUGUUGAGACACUUGCGGUUUUAGAUCAUCAGUGGAUAAAUGAACAUGUUACAAAAAUUGUUACAAACAUUUACGCCCUUAUUCUAAAAGCUCUCUCACACUCAAUGAGUGGAGAUUCAAUCUGAGCUUUUUGAACCUCCACUCAUUGAAUGUGAGUGAGCUUUUAGAAUACGGGCGUUAUAGUUCUCCCCCUUCCAAUGUUGGUUAUUGUUUACCCGAUCAUACAUCAAAGUAAAACUUCUUUAUAAAAAGAAUACUAAUAAGGCAGUAUCUAUUGUAGUCGUGUCCUCAUUAGUAUUUUUUAUAUAAAGAAUACUAAUAACGCAGUAUAUCUAUUGAAUUUGUAGUCGUGUUUGAAGCCGUUUAAUAAACUCGCAGGUCGUGUUUUAUUAGGUCUAAAGCCACUCGCGCUGCGCGCUCGUGUCUUUAAACCUAAUAAAACACUCCUGCUCGUUUAUUAAACAGUACAUAUACUUGAAUGAUUGGAUAAGACUUACAUUUUUGGACAGUCUUAUUGCAACAAAGUGGUUGCCAACAACAAAAGAUCAACAAAGCUAUUAAAAGAUGAGUACAACACGUAUAUAUAUGCAUGAAAACAUAAACUAUACAACACGUAUGCAUGCAAAACCAUAAAUUAUACAACACGUAUGGAUGAAAACCGCCCUUUUUAGGGGACACCUGUUUGAAGGCGUCCGUUUAAGGCCGUGACUGCGUAUAUAAAUGCUCACGAAAUUUCUUUUGAAUAUAUCCUUUCGAUAAUUAAAUCAAUAAGCUGGUUAUAGCUUAACUCUAGGUUAACCUCGAAUUAAGUAAACUUUCCAACAACUUGUUUAUAAACUGACUAAGUGUUACGAAAUUAAUAAAUUCAAUACAAUCCAUAAAUUUAAUUACAUGAACAACCCAAUGUACAAAUUUUGAAAUAUUAAAUUUAAGUUUUGAUGGCAGUUCAAGAACCUUCAGAGAAGUUCAGAUAAAAAAACGUUUUAAACUUUGUGUUUUGCCGAAACUACACUCCGUUGCUGAACGACGCUUGUAGUUGCAACAUGGGUCGUGGCUUUAGUUUUCAACUCUUGUAUCGAGUCGUUUUCUUUUCCUUCUGUCUGAUUUUCGCCUGUUUUUAUCAUGGUGGUGGUUCAGAGUAUGACAGGCGAGAAGAUAAAACAAAACCGAGCAAAUUAAAAGAAAAAUUCAACGAUAAACCCUUGAAUGUUGAUGUUUUUCUCUAACUAACAAAUACGACUCUAACUUUACAGGAAAUGCUAAACAAAUUGAUGGCCAGGAUACGAAGAAAGAAACUGAUCUUUCAAAGAUGGCAAGAAAAGGUAAAUUGUGAAAAUAUGAGAAUGUUCGUAAUUAAUUUCAGAAGGAGUAAAUGUCAACCACAUUAUUUAUUUCUUAGGAACUGUGAUGAAAACACUCGGAAGUGAUAGAAUACAGAAGAGUCCAAAACUGCCUUCGCCGUCUGAGGUAAAAGUUCCAAGCAAAGAAUCGACUACCAUCUCCCAUUCAAGUGAGACAAAAUGGCAAAACGAUCACGGCAAGACCAUAUCUUCGUUGGAAAAUCGAAUUUUUCACCAGAUUGACUUGAGAGAAAAAGCCAAAAGAGAAAAGUUCGCUUCACUCACAACUCAACAUCUCCGGAACAAACGCGAAGAAAAGUACAGACCAAUAUCAAAAGAGUAUACCCAGGAAGAUCUAGUAAUGUGCAACGAUUCAAUCAUCAAUAUAAAAUACGAUGAAAAAUACAAUGUUUGGGAUAACUUUUCAAUACUCUAUAAGAACAAGGUGUAUGAUUAUACUGAGUAUCGAGUUCUGAAUGACAGUAUAAAGAUUUGUAACUCCACUGAUAACAACAUAAGGAAUAUUUGGAAAGAACACAAUAAAUGGGUAAAAAGGACAAUGCAUUAUAAAUGCAGCAAUAAACCCAUACACGUCCAUAGGAUCCCCCGAAAGUUUUAUAUUGUUCGUAAGGAUUUUAGCGUUCUCAUUUUGCCAAUAGAUCAGGUGAUAGCAAAGUACGAUUAUGAUGUGUUUGAAGGUAAACUUUAUAAAAUAUGUCUAAAAAAAUUCACGUUUUAUUACGUAUACAUAAUAUCCUAUGGGCCAGCUGAAGUAGCAGUGUUAUGUGCUGUAGGGCUUUCUAUUAUUUGUUUGCUAUUGUUGUUGAUAGUUUACUGCAUGCUUCCAGAACUGCGCACUCUUCCUGGUUUGAAUUUAAUGAGUUCAAGUUUCGCCGUUCUGUUGUUACAGACCUACAUUGUAGUCUAUCUUUCGCUGUAUUUACGUAUAGACCAAGAGUUUAAGAUACCAUGUGACAGGAUAGAAAUAACAAAGAAGUUUAUUUUCUAUAGCCUAUUUAUGAAUGCUGCUGUUAAUAUCUACACUUAAGAAAAACCUUUUGUGGCAGUCUAGUGAAAUGCAACACUCUUAUGAAAUCUGAUGAAAACAAGUGGAAAACGUUCUUGAAGUAUAGUGUCUUUAGCUGGGGUGUUCCUCUCAUCAUAACUAUUGUCUACAUUGUGCUUGUGAAGAAAGAUGUUUUAAGAAUUGAUCCAAGUAAAUUUAUUACUACUACCAGUUGUGUCAUGGGUAAUGAACUUCCUCUUUGGUUAGCUGGUAUGGAAAAAUAUGGUCUUCGGGGUUGUCUUUUGUUGUAUAUUAUUGCAAUGUUCUCCUUCACUGCUUAUCGAAUUCGCCAAAAACUCAAAGCAAGCAGUAGCAUUGCACAGAAAUCAAAUAUUGUUAAGAAACGCAAUAGCUUUGUCGUAUUGCUUAAGUUGUCAACCACUACAUCAAUAAGCCUGUUUCCUCUGUUAUUUGAAAACAUGCAUUUUGAUCGAGAGACAAAGAUGGGGUUAUUUACUGUAGCAAAUCUUUCUGGUGUCUACAUAGGUAUUGCGUUUGUCUUCACCAGAAAAAAUUACAGGUUGCUUAAGAAGAAGUAUUUCCCAGCAAUAAAACACAGUUAA